CCGCGGUAGGGCUCCCUCCAUCCCGGGGAGAGGAAGAACCGAAAGUGAGGCGGGUUUGGUUCGAGGGUCCGCGGCCUGGGAGGGCUGAGGAGGCCGCCAUGUCCGACAGCGGCUUCGACCGGGCUCCCGGUGCGGGCCGCGGCCGAGGGGGAGGCGCCCCUCUGGCUGCCGAGCAGGGGGCGAGCCCGGGGAUAAGAGGCGGAGGUGGCAGAGGGGGCCCCGAGCCCCUCCACCGGCCAGGCUUCCCCCGCCAGCAGGAGCCCCUCCGGCCGCCCAAGACGGCGCCCCCGGGGAGCAACGGCGCCGCCUCAGAACACUCAAGAGUUUCAUCUUUGCCAGAAAAAAAUUGUUCCAUAUCCACAAUUCCUAAAUCUCAAGUGGUUGUGGCUCCAGCAGUAAUGUCCAAGCUAUCAGUGGAUGCUCCUGAAUUUUACCCUUCAGGAUAUUCCCCUAAUCUGCCUGAAUCUUCUUUAGAAGAUGGUUUUGAUGGAUAUACAUCUUUAACAGAAUAUGUGCAAGAUUUUUUAAAUCACCUUGCAGAACAGCCAGCCUGUUUUGAAAACGAAAUAGCACAUUUUUCAGAAACUUUAAAUGGCUGUGUCACGACAGAUGAAGCAUUACAAGAACUUGUGGAGCUCAUCUACCAACAGGCUACAUCUGUCCCAAAUUUUUCCUAUAUGGGGGCAAGACUGUGCAAUUAUCUUUCUCAUCAUCUCACAAUUAAUCCACAAAGUGGCAACUUUAGACAGUUACUGCUUCACAGGUGUCGAAAAGAGUUUGAAAACAGAGAUGAAGCAGCCAAAGGGGAUGAAGCUGCACGGAAAAGGUUCCAUGCGUUCGUUCUAUUUUUAGCUGAACUUUAUCUAAAUCUGGAGGUUAAAGGAACUAAAGGUCAGCUAACCCGAGCAGAAAUUCUUCAGACUGGACUUCAUGAGUUAUUAAGCACACUUUUUUCUCAUCCCAUGGACAACAAUUUGAUCUGUGCAGUGAAGCUACUGAAAUUGACAGGGUCGGUGCUGGAAGACUCAUGGAAAGAAAAAGGAAAGACUUUUAUGGAUGACAUAAUACAGAAAAUUGAAAAUGUCGUCUUGGAUGCAAAUUGCAGCAGAGAUGUAAAGCACAUGCUUCUGAAACUUGUUGAACUGCGGUCAAGCAAUUGGGGAAGAGUACAUAUAACUUCAACAUAUAGGGAAGCAACUCCAGAAAAUGACCCUAACUACUUCAUGAAUGAACCAACAUUUUACACAUCUGAAGGUGUGCCUUUCACUGCAGCAGAUCCAGAUUAUCAAGAGAAAUAUCAAGAGCUCCUUGACAGACAAGAUCUAUUUAAAGAGUUCGAAGAAAAUGGAGCUGAUUUAUCAGGAGCUGGAGAUCCGUAUUUAGAUGAUGAUGACGACGACGAUGAAAUGGACCCAGAAAUUGAAGAAGCCUUUGAGAAAUUUUGUUUAGAAUCAGAGCGCAAAAGGAAACAGUGAGACCAUGCGCACAGAUUAGCGUUUUAAGCAACCAGCAUAGGUAUGAAUAGCAAGUAGAGAGGAUGAAAAAGGCUUGUCAUAUCCAUACCAAACAAAAGAAAUUACGUUUCUCUAAGUACGCAACUUAUGCAAUCUUCAUUUUGUUAAACAGAAUCUGCCAAAAAAAGUGUAAACUUAAAACCCUGUAACUUAAACAAUAUGUAUAUACAUAGUUUAUUUUAUGUACAGUUAAAUGAACAAUGUUUUGGCUGGAACAAAUUUUAUUUGAAACAUGUCACAUUAAUAUACAUAUAUAAGGGUUGUCUUAUUAAAUAGUCACGUUUUUUUUUGAGAUUAAAAUCCCUUGAAUCAUAAAGUACAUUUUGACUUCCUUUUUGGUAUGUAUUUGUACUGCCUCUCCUUUGUAGAGAGCAUAGAGAGCAUUGUUGUCAUCUCAUAUUUUUAGGCUGAUAGUACUGCUGGUCACCGGUUUUUUUAAUGUGACCCAAUCAUGAACAUUGUAAGCGGUUCACUCUGUUCCUCCCAGGAAAAUUUUUGAAAAUGUGCAAGCAAACAAGGACUGUUUUCAAAUGGAUAGCAUCUUUGCUGAGCAGUUUUUCACAUUUUACUCAGUUCAUGGCAUUUUAACUCUGAAUAUAUGGUAGACCUUCCCAAGAAGUAAAAAGAAUCUAUGUAAAGACAACACAAGUUGUAAAUAUGCAUGUAAAUAGUGCUGUUUACUAUUGCACUGUUAUAACUUAGUAUAAUUUGUGUCAAUGCAGUUAGCACCGUCUACAUUUUCUGGCUAUUCAUUUGUUUUGCUAAUUAACAUCAGACUUUUGAAAAUAAACUCCUUUUGUUUUGUUGGGUA